AUGUUUACUACUAUAUUGAUUAAAUCAAGUAUUUGUGAAGAAAGUGUGGAAACGGGUGACCGAUGCUAUUAUCUGCUCACUAAAAACGCUACUUUCGCUGAGGCCAAGCAAUUGUGCAGAACAUUGCAUUCAACCGCCCGAUUGUUGUCCAUUGAAUCAAAGGAGGAACAGGAGUAUGUCCUCAUUGCUCUACCCAUUAAUAUUAAAGAUAUGAAAGGCGGCGCUUGGAUUGGACUCCAAUUUGAUGCAAAACUUAAGAAAGCCGUUUGGGACAGUGGUUUGCCGGCUAAGUAUUAUAAUUGGCCUAAAAGUCAGAGCAAUCAAACAAUGAAAAAAACUGAUUGUAUCAGAAUGUCUACAAAUACUAAAUCAUUGGGUGUUUGGGAUAAACAUGACUGCAAAAAACAGUUGUCCGUCGUUUGUCAAGUGUUUGAAAGUAAACUUUAA